CCACACAUCUCUCUCUCGCUUUCUUAACUUAAGAGAUUAAGUUCUAAAGAUUACAAAGAACGAUAGUGAUUUGAAAGAAUGUCAGCGAAAAAUCCAUUUCAAAACUUUCGGAACAUUUUUGUUAUCCUUACCCGGUAUAGAUCGAGUGUCAACUCCCCCAUCACAUACAACCGUCCAGACGUACCUAUAUCAAAACACAGGUGUGGGUCUGAUGAUCAAAAUCAAGGACUGCAGUUGCUUAAACCUGAUGAUUAUGCAGUGCAUACAGCUGAAUCACUCACAAAGAUCACCAGAAAGGUUGACAUGGACCGGACCGUUCAACAACUGACACCUUCGGAUACUACAUCUGUGUAUCGGUCAUGGACCCUGUGGACAAGAUGGAUUUUGGGAGCUAUGUUAACUCUAAUUCUACCCUUUUGGAAGGCAAAGUGGCAGAAGUUGCUAAGAUUAGAAGCUGAAGUGGAAAUGGCUGUAGAAGUAGUAGAACAUGUAGCAGAAACUGUAGAGAAAGUUGCUGUUGUGACGGAGAAAUUGUCAAUGGAGAUGGCCGAUAAAAUUCCAGGUGACGGGGAACUCAAGAAAGCAGUAUUGUUUGUAGAACGAGUAUCACAGGAGGCUGAAAAAGAUGCUCGAUUAACAGAAGACAUCCUUCACAAGCUUGAUGAUUUGAAGGAAGAUGUAGAAAAGCUUAUUGAUCCAAUAUUUGACGGGGAGAAAUCUAAAAGUACGAGAAGUGGGAAAACUUACUGAGCCUAUUUUGGAAGAGCAGAAGUGUGAUCAAAGGAAAGUACAGUGGUUUUUAAUUUUCAUUAUCUAAGAACAAAUUACUGGUUAUUGGUCAGUCAAUGUAUAUAAUGUGCGAUUAAAUUUAAAUAUUACUGCCAUUGUUGUUUCGCACCUUGAGUUUGAUUUCACAGCUUGUAUUUAACCAGGUAUAAUAAGCGUUGUAAGGCCAGAAAAAUGAAACAAAUUCCGAACUUUUUUUC